AUGGCAUAUGUACCCAACUUUCGGCAGCUCGCCAUCGCCUGUGGUCAAUGCACACUGGGACCGGACAGCCGCUGGGACCGCGAGGCUGAGUACGUGGUGGUGCUGCGGGCACUCGCAGACGCCGACGGCUUUGAGGACGUCUUGGAGGCAGCCAGCAACGGCGACUUGGCUCGGGUGAUUCGCUUCCUGGAGAGGCCCCAGGUGAACACUUUUAUGGGCUGCGUGCGCCAUGGUGUCACCGGGGAGGAGGUUAUGUCCAAGGCGGACUUUGCCGCAUGGUGGGAUGAGGUAUGCGAGCUGCGGGACAGUGGCGUUGCAUGUUUUCUGGACGCGGUGAGGCGCGAGCUGGCCCGGCGCCUGCGGUUCCGCAACUUCCGGCAGCUCGCGCUCGCGUGCGGCCAGCAGAAGCUGGGUCCAGACAGCGGCUGGACGAAUGCCGAGCUCGUGGUUGUGAUGCGGUCAUACGAGUUUCAGGGUGAGGAUGUCGCCAAACAACUGGGGCAGGCAGCCAUGAAUGGGGACCUGGCGCAGGUUGUGGGCCAGUUGGACAAGCCAGUCGACCCGGAUGCUACGAACCAUGAUGGCAUGUCAGCUUUGCAUGAAGCCACUGCGCGGGGUCACGUUGAAGUUGCAUGUUGCUUGCUUGAAGCGGGUGCGGACAAGGAUCAGGCUGAUAAUGAUGGAGAUACGCCCAUGCAUUUUGCCGCUCGGUCAGGCAAUCUGAGCAUCGUACAUUGCUUGUUGGCAGCCCGUGCUCACGUGGACAAGACUGACAAUUGCGGCCGUAGGCCUCUUCAUUUUGCUGCCUGGCUGGGACAUACAGAGGUUCUUCUUUGCUUACUGGAGGCUGGGGCUGACAAAGAAAGGGCGGACCAUGACGGAGAUACUCCAAUCCACUGGGCUGCGGUGAAUGGCCAUCAUGAAGUGGUGCAUUGCUUGCUGGAAGCUGGCGUUGACAAGGACAAGUCUCACGACCAUGAUGGAGACACACCGAUGCAUGUCGGGGCGCGAUUUGGCCAACUGAAAGUUGUGCAAUGCUUGCUGCAAGCGAUGGCAGACAAAGACAAGACUGACAACUACGGGCGCACACCUGUGCAAAAGGCAGCUGACAGAGGCCAUGACAAAGUUGUGUGCUGCUUGCUGGCAGCCGGAGCUGACAAAGACAUGGCCGAUGAGGAUGGAGAUUCUCCCAUGCAUGUUGCUGCUCGCUUUGGCCAGCUGAAAGUUGUCCGCUGCUUGCUGUCAGCCGGCGCUGACAAGGACAAGGUCGACAAGUCUGGGACUACGCCCGUGCACCUCGCUUCAAUGAAUGACCAUGAGGAAGUUGUGAGAUGCUUGUUAGAAUCUGGCGCGAGCAGGGACAAACGCAAUGAUGCGGGGCACACUGCUAUGUACUUGGCGGCUUUGUUUGGCCACUGCCAGGUUGUGCGCUUGCUUGCCACAGCCGACCAGGCCAAGGCCGAUGGCUUUACUCCUUCGGAUGCCUCAAGCGGCCAUGAAGUUGCGCAUUUGAUGGAAGCCGGGUGCAGCUUUCCGCACGCGCGUUUUAGCAAGAGGAGACGGCUGCAUCAGCCUGCCAAUUUCGCCUGA